AUGAAAACAAUAGUAUCAUCACAAAAAGUCGCUAUUCCUGAUGGAGUUAAGGUAGCAAUAAAUUCAAGAAAAGUAACAGUAUCAGGUAAAUAUGGUACACUUAGAAGAAAUUUCAGACAUCUCCCAGUUGAUAUUCGUAUAAAUAAAUUAAAAAAAUAUAUAAAAGUAGUUAUGUGGUUUGGUAUCCCCGAUAGUUUAGCUUGUAUUAGAACAGUUUGUACUCAUUUGAAAAAUAUGUUUACAGGUGUAACUAAAAAAUUUUUAUAUAAAAUGAGAUUAGUUCAUGCCCAUUUUCCAAUCAACUCUAAUAUUGUUGAUGAUAAUAAGAGAAUUGAAAUAAGAAAUUAUUUAGGAGAAAAAAGUGUUAGAUCUGUUAAAGCAUUGCCAGGUGUUCUUAUAGAAAAAUCACCAAAUGUAAAGGAUGAAAUUUACAUUAGUGGUGCUGAUAUUGAAAAUGUUUCAUUAACAGCAGCCUUAAUACAUCAAUCCACUUUAUGCAGAAAUAAGGAUAUUCGUAAAUUUCUUGAUGGUAUUUAUGUAUCAGAAGUUACCACUGUAGAAAAAGAUGAAUAA